CUAUCCAAGAUGACUGUCACUUACUCCAGUAAAGUAGCAAAUGCGACUUUUUUUGGAUUUCAUAGGUUACUCCUCAAGUGGAGAGGGAGCAUCUACAAACUACUGUACAGGGAAUUUAUUGUUUUUGCUCUUCUUUACACAGCAAUAAGUUUGGUGUACAGAUUGUUACUUACAGGAGCCCAAAAACGUUACUUUGAAAAAUUAUCAAUUUACUGUGACAGAUAUGCUGAACAAAUUCCAGUAACCUUUGUGCUUGGGUUUUAUGUCACUCUGGUAGUGAACCGGUGGUGGAACCAGUUCGUAAACCUGCCCUGGCCAGACAGGCUGAUGUUCCUCAUCUCCAGCAGUGUUCACGGCAGCGACGAGCACGGGCGCCUGCUCCGAAGGACGCUGAUGCGCUAUGUCAAUCUCACGUCCCUGCUCAUCUUCCGCUCGGUGAGCACCGCUGUGUACAAAAGAUUCCCAACCAUCGACCAUGUGGUUGAAGCAGGUUUUAUGACUGCUGAUGAAAGGAAAUUGUUUGACCAUCUCAAAUCCCCUCAUUUGAAAUACUGGAUUCCAUUUAUCUGGUUCGGAAAUCUCGCCGCAAAAGCCCGGAAAGAAGGUAGAAUCCGAGACAGUGUUGACCUGCAGUCCUUGAUGACGGAAAUGAACCGCUAUCGCUCUUGGUGCAGCCUCUUAUUCGGUUAUGACUGGGUUGGGAUCCCACUGGUUUACACUCAGGUUGUCACUCUGGCUGUCUAUACCUUCUUUGUUGCCUGCCUGAUUGGACGGCAGUUUUUGGAUCCCACCAAGGGCUAUGCUGGGCAUGACUUAGAUCUCUACAUUCCAGUUUUCACUCUCCUUCAAUUUGUCUUUUAUGCUGGUUGGCUCAAGGUAGCGGAGCAGCUGAUCAACCCUUUUGGAGAAGACGAUGAUGACUUUGAAACUAACUGGUGCAUCGACAGAAAUCUACAGGUCUCUCUUCUAGCUGUGGAUGAAAUGCACAUGAGCCUACCCAAGAUGAAGAAGGACAUUUACUGGGACGAUUCCGCUGCACGGCCACCAUACACACUGGCAGCUGCUGAUUACUGCAUACCCUCAUUUCUGGGGUCAACAAUCCAAAUGGGGCUGUCGGCGUCCUACGCGCCCGCCGAGGACUGGCUGUGGGGGAUCGAGAAGCACGGCCCUCACCGCUCCGUGAUUCGAAAAGUCAAGAGGUUCCUGAGCACCAGUGAGAACCCCUCCAGCCCGCGGAGGCGGCCCUACGGGCGACAGACCAGCGACAGCUCCGUCUUCUUCCCCUCCGUGGACCUCAGCCCCACCCGGGACCUGCUGGACGUGCCCGCGAGGAGCCCCUACCGGCCGCAGGCGUCCAGGAAGCAAAGCCGCGCCCGGGAGGGGAGCCCCAAGCUGCACUCCAGCCUGGGAGAGCUCUCCCUGAUCCGGGAGACCAGCCGCACCAGCACGCUCCAGAGCCUGAGCCAGCAGUCCAGCCUGCGGGCCUCCCCCACCAAGAUGCCGCGGGUGCCCCAGGUGCUCAUCACCGCCGCGGAGGAGCACCUGUGUGACUCCAGCGCCUCUCUGCAGAGCUUGGUGUUCACUGGGGUCCAGCCGAGCAGGACGGGCCCGCAGCAGGACCUGAUGGAGUUAAGCCCGCUGCCUGCCGAGGAGCCCCCUCCUCAGAGCCUCGGUUCCCACACUGUGCCCUGCCAAGCUGAGAGAAAUGCCCUCAGCUUCGGCACGGAUGAAUACCUGGAUGAGAAUGACAUGUUCCCCAAAAGGUGGAGCCUUCCCGGCUUCCUGGAGUCUAGCCAGACCUCCCUGGCAGGGCUGGGUCCCGACCCUGUGAGCUCUGAGCCGACUCUCUUACUCGACCCAGAGACUUCCUCAGAGAUAGCUGGGACUAGCUUUGUGAAUGACUCUCCUGCCCUCGAUGACGUUCUGUACCUAGAGGAAGACCUGGACACCAAGGAAACAGAUAUCAUAGAGUCCUACAAUGAGCACACUGAGGAAUCUCCUAAGGGACAGCCAAGAAGUGCUAGGACCUUGUCCUAGCCUAGAGUCUUACUUCCCCCCAAAGUCCAGCAUUGGUUCCAGAACAUCCCAGAGUGCUGGUCACUAUUUUUCCCCAAUGAUCACACUACCUAAGCUACUUAAACUUCGAAGGGCAUUAUGAUCCUGACUUUCUGAACUAAGAAAAUAAAACACUCACGUCACCCAUCCCAAAGUGGUUGACAUGGGAUUAUAUCAACCACAUGCGCCUAUCUUACCCAAAUAAGGAAUCUUAUAAAAAAUAGAUAUUCAUAGAUUGUUAACUUUGUAAAGGGUGAAAAAGGCCUUAUAGAUCAUAGUUUAAUUCCUUUGUUUUACCUAUGGGGAGACAAAGGAUUCCCUGUUUCUUUCCUGUUUGGUUUUUUUUUCUUUUCUUCAACCAUAGAAACAGGAAGAUGGAUUAUCUAAUGCCUCGUGAGCCACUUCCUCAUUACAGCUGUUUGAGACUGUCUACCAUCUUUCUCCUGCUUUCUAUCACUAUUAUUAAUUCCUAAUCCUUUAGCUUCAGCAGCAGCAAUGGACUUCAUCUGUUUCAAUUUCUUUUUUUCCCUUUCAGGACUUCAUUUUUGCUCUUCUCCCUUUAUCCUCCCAUCCUUAAUUCUCCUUGUUGUCCCAGUCUGGUUUUUCUCUAGUGACUCUGAUCUGUCCCACCUUUCAGGUUCUAUUUUCUCUUGUCACCUUCAUCGCUUACUUGGUUUUCAAAAUAUGAGACCUUGAUGAAAAGUGCCAGAGCCAUCAAAUUUCAACUUGAUGAUUUCCGACUUCUCUCUGGAAUGGUACCUACAUGCCUUUGGCAUCCUGGUGAUCAUGGGUCUUAACACCAAAUGAAACUGAAGCUAAGAGAACACGCAACUUGCAUAACCAGAUGCUAUGAAACCAAAGAAUGACAACAGGGAACCAGUUUCGGAAUGCUGCCAGGCUGUUUUGGAUGAGGUAAACGGUCUUCUUGGUCCUGCCCAGCCAGCCCAGCACUAGUCCCCCAGUAUCUGCCAAAAUUUCAUUGUGCUUCCAACCCCUAAUUUCACCCAAUCUCUACCCCCAACUCCUGGAACACUUGGUUAGAGCUGGGACCUAGCUCUGACCCCCACAGGCCUGCAAGAAAUCCUUAUAAGGCAGUUGUGACUGCCAGGAAUCAGUAGAGAACAGGAGUGCUAGAUCACUGCUCAGACUACCUGGAACCCACCCUUCCCGCCUUAGCACCCACAAACUUCCAGGAUUACUGAAAGAAAUGGAAGGAAUUCAGCUGCUUCAACAAAUGGGGACAGAAAUUCAGGUAAGUCCUCAAGUACAUCAGAACCUUCCACACUGCCCGAGGAUUGAAUCACAGUCCUCUCAAGUUCACUGAACUGAGGAGAUUGUUGGAAGAGUGAUUCAGUAAAAUGGAAAAAAAGAUUGGUGGAAAAGAUUAAAGAAUCCUUUCAAACAGAAAUGAAGGAGUAAAGAAUACAAUAGCAGGUUUCAGCGCAGAAUGGAAAAAGCCAAAAAUUGAAUCAGUGACCUCGAAGACAAGGCACAGGACAUCAUCAAUAAAGAAGAGGUGUCGCUGGAUGUCACUGACCACCUAGAAGAUUAUCCUUUGAGCUCUGGAAGCUUCUACAUGCUGUUGAAUGGUCAUGUGGCACAGGAACCAAGUCUUGUUGACUUAUCCAGUGUAGAACAGGCUCUGCUUCUGCUCGGCCUCGACUAAAACACAAACCAGCAAGUGCAGACACAGUGCCUGAUUGCCUCUGUCCUCUCCCUGCCUCCCAGUGAUAACCACCCUGAUUCCGGCAUCCACAGGUCAGUAAAGACAAAGCCCAUGAACGUCUCUGUCAUCCAAGAAUUUAGGGAUGACUGCCCACCUCGCCUGCAAAGUAAAGAAGGCUGCUCUCUCCCUGCUUCUUUAAUCCCCCCUCGACUUUUCUGUUCAUCACCUCUAGAGCUCCAGGCGUCCACUUUCAGCUCAGUUCAGCUAAGCGCUUGAAAAAUUUACUUUAAAUGGAAUAAAGAAAUGUGC